AUGAAUUUCUGCGGACCGGUGAAACCAAAGCUGGACACCACGAAGAAGGCGAUAUAUAGCUCAGGAGAUGCACUGAAGCUUUACGAAGAGAACUGGACGCUUAGUCUUCCCGGGACUCCCAGCCCCGUAGCUCACUCUCAUCGGGCCUUCAGCGACCUCAGCUCGACGCUUUCACCCGAGACACCCCUCAGUGAUGGGUCGAGCAUCGACUUCCACAUCAGCCCUAUCGGCACGUUCUUUGAUCCCUACCGACUCUAUGUCACAGAUGCUCCACUGCGCAAGGUCAACAAGAUCACACAGGUGGCGACAUCAAGGAAUCCCGUCCCUGCAUUCGGCGCUUCAGACACCUUUAGUGAUAUCCUACCUGGGUCAAGCGUUACCAAGCCAGUCCUCAUCCCCAACAAGAGGGGAUUGGGCAACCAUGCUCUGCCAGACCACCUGAUCGCUGAUCUGCAUAACAGCGGUAUUGGUGGGGCCUACAUCAAGGCAGAGGAAGCAGUGAAAGCGCCAUUCACCGAUGAGCAGCUGGGAUCAUGGACUGAACGCCAGAUCAAGUACAGCGUCAAGACAAGCGCGCCAGCUGCGGAGGCCCCUGAGAGCGCUGCCCCUGUCUAUGGCUUCAUGCCGGCAGAUGUGGCAGCCCAGGCAGCCGUGCCCUCCCCUACACCAGCCUUCUGGCCAGAGCAGGGAUCGGGGCACAGUAAGGGCCCGCACAGGGCAGCCAUGGCGGAAGCUGCGCGCGCAGCUGCUGUGAAGCCGACGCAGCGCGUGCUGUUCCGGGCCGCGUCCCGUGUGGAAGCGCCCGCGCGGCCGGGGGCGGCCAAGCCGCUGCCGCCGCUGGUUGGCCGACGCCGAAUGCCCGCGCAGCCGCCCAAGCCGGACACCCCAGAGCUCAAUGUGGAGGAGAAGAUUUGGCGGCUGCAGUCAAAGCGAGCAUGGAUACGGGAGCAGCUGCGUGCGCUGCGCGGAUUCCCCAAGGACUCCGCCUACGACGAGCCCUGGAGCGACGCCUUUGACAUGGUGCAGGCCAUGGGGGAUGGCCUGAAUCUCCAGACGGCGCUGCCGGGCGACGCGUCAGACACCGACGAGGACGGCUUCAGCAGCGACUCAGACCUCCAUGAGCAGCUGCUCUUCGACGAGGAGCCUGCCAAGCCUCAAGCGCCCCACAAGACCGUGUCCAAGGCCGGAUCCACCCUUGGAUCAGCAACACCUGGCACGCUAUCGACAGGAACACCGUCGACUGCAAGCCCGCCUCCUGCCAACGCUGCUGCAGACGCAGCCAAAGCCGGCUCCACAACUCCGGCACUUUCAAGCGCCUUCAAGGGACCAAGCCUGUCCGCCAACAGCAACCAGCCCACCACCAUAGUCGGCUGUGCACAGGAGCUGAUGCGUCACCAGCGCAGCAUCGAGAUUGACGCUGACCGUGCAUGGCAGGCCAAGUUUGCCAUGCACAAGCCGGCCUCGCCAGCGGCGGCCGACAAGGCACCGGCAACUGCCGAGCGACGGCUGAUGCGCGAAGACAGCGCCUAUGAGGGGCUGCACAAGGGCGGCUCCCGUACCUCCACCAAGACCGCAGCGCCUCAGGGUGCUGACAAGAAGAGCGGCGCACAGCAGUGGGUGGGAGAGAUGCUGCCGGCCGCUGAGUUUGACACAGAUGGAGUGCUCACACAGGCGAUGAUCCGUGUCGCAGAUGAGCGGUCAGGUGCUUCGUGCAUCAUCCUGCGCGGCAAGAAGGGGCAGAAUGCCGAGCAGAUCGUCAAAGCAGUCAAGGAGCAAGCAGCUCUGAUUGCGAUGAUGCAUGGCCUGGACAAGCCCACAGUGCAGCUGGUGCGAGCUGGCACCAUGCAGUGGGGAGAUGUGCAGGAGACCUCCUCUCAGAAAAUACAGGGCCACGAAGGUGUGGCUUACAAGACAAUCGUGGACUAUACUGCCCUCGUCAGACGACUGGGCUAUCCUUGCCCAAUCUGA